CCGUGAAUCGUUAUCUUACCUGAGAAUGAAGAGCCGGCGGCGAUUACAUUCCUCUGUUUACCGUCCAUAGUUUCUGACAAACAAGAUGGCGGCAGCUGUGGUCAACAUACUUGUGCAUGCUGUACUGUACAUUCUAAAAUACAUCAACUACCUGUUUUACAGAACCACCAUACCAGAGACGGGAUCUGUUGUCAAAACACUUCUUCACCAACUGUUUGGAGACGACAAACUGAAGAAACUAGAAUACCUUUGUCAGUUUUAUCAUAAAUACGGCUUAUACAGAUAUGAGGGGAAAAUAUACCUAUUCGAGGAGAGGAUAGCACAAACCGCUAUCAAUAAGCUUGAUAAAGGAGCAGAUAAUUACCUAGAAGAUUCUCCAUUGAAAGACACGUUUUUAGGAUCUUCUCAAAAAAGUCCAGAAACAAGGCGUGCUAUCGCGUCAAUCUUCCGUAAAACAUCUAUAGACGAAAGAGGUCAGGUCAUGAUCCGUGACCUUGACCUUUUGUGUCAGAAUAUACGAGAGGUCAGUAGUAGGUCAAGACCGGUCAAUAUCACCCAGUUCAGCUUAAGACUUGCCUUAGACGUGGUUGGCCAUGUGUUAUUACAUCUUGACCUUGGGGGACUGAACGGUCGACAGGAUCGGCUGCUGGAUGCCAUGAUGACCAUUCUGCACAGAUGUUACGCCUUAGCGGAAAUCACCAGUAACAGUACCGAAUUUAUCCAGGCUGCUGAGAAUCUGGACAGUCUGACGUCACAGAUCCUAGAGGACGCUCUCAACGAGGACGACCAGACUGGAGAGGACAAGAGGCUAGUCGUCCAGCUUCACGAAGCUUGUGGCUUCGAACAAGCUAAAGACAACAUGAAGCUGUUUCUGAUGGCUGGCACCGAAACCACAGCAUCCACCCUACCUGUUGUAUUUUACCUGCUUACCAAAUAUCCUCAUGUGCAGAUGGAACUCCAGGCAGAAGCUGACGAAAAUAUCGACAAUUUACGGAAAGACCCGAACUUUCCUCUACCGAAAAUAGAGAGCGUCAUGAAAGAAGUACUUCGGCUAUACCCUAUAGCACCAUUCAUCAGCAGACAAAACAACGGCCCUAUCACUAUAGGAAAGGUCAACCUUCAGGAACAUAGUGACCUGUUAGUGUUUACCUGGGGGAUACAUAGAUCACCGCACGCAUGGAGCCAUUCAACGGAAUUCAUACCUUUCCGCUUUUACGAAAAUGAGUCUAAAAAAUCUACUUCUAACUUAUACAUUCCUUUCGGUGCUGGGUCGCGGGUGUGUAUUGGUCAACACUUAGCGUGGCUGGAGAUCCGAUUGGCCAUUGCAAUCUUGCUGAAUAACUUUGACUUUAGCCAGGUGGAGGAGACACCGGACCUUCGGUUCGUGGUGGACUGGACACACGCUGUGGUCCAUCCGGAUAAAGACAUGGUGUUCCGAGCUGUUCCCAGGACAACAGCUGGCACCACAACUUGACUUACACCCAUCACGUUUUACCAUUACAACAUGAGACAUUUGUUAUUGAUAUUGUUAAUUAUAAUGUUGUGUCCUAUUUCAAAAUGAAAAAAAUUGGAGAAAAAAUAAUUAAA